AUGUGCAGAGGCGCAUGUGUCAAAGCACUUCUAUCUCUUUCGCUAACACCAGCUGGAAAGACAAUAGACAGUUUUACUCAGGACAUGAAGCUUGUUAAAAGCAAUCCAGAACUUCUACAGACAUUUUAUGACUAUGUUUCUGAAAAGUACGGAAUCAAAUGCGAAGCAGGCGUUGCAUUGGUUGAGAAAAUGACAAUCACAAAUAGAUUCAACGAGUAA